AUGUCCCAACUUCGAGCGCUGUUGGAUCAAGCACUGCUGACCAGCUUCCGCAUCUCGCCGCCGCCAGAAACACUGACCCAGAGCCUGGCCGUACGCAAUUUCCUUGCUCGCCAGAUCGGCAAUCGCGGCCGCAUUGUGAACUACCGCCAGGAGAUGUGCCCUGUGACAAAACAGCGGCUCGACAAACUGCGGGUGCUAAUCCAGGAUUUCGGCCGGAAAAACCACACGCCGCAGGUUCUCAUGACACAGAGUAUAGAGACUAGUCCUGCCCCCGAACUGACCGCCUUGGAGCUCGAGCUGUUCAACCUGCAACGGCAAACCAGGGUGCCCGGUUCAGAACAAACACUAGUAUUAACAACCGCCACACGACGGCCGGAAGAUAUUCAGGCAUUAAAGUACGUUGAAAAUGAGGCAUAG